GGGAUCUUUCUCUUGUUCAUGGAUGAAACCCACAUGGGCAUUUCAGAAACUAACUCCCCAAAUUCCCUCAUGGCUUUCCUCGCUCUUCAAAACCCAACAUAUCUACCAAUACCCAACUUCAGAAAACUCGACAUUUAUCCUCAACCGUGUAGGGGUAAUCAUCCUUUUAUCAAUUUGCGGAAGAGAAGGCUUUAUCCGUCUGGGUUCCUCUCUCCAUGCCUCCUUUCUCAAAAACCAUGAAUUUCUUCACCCUAAGAAUCCUGAUGAUUUCAACGAUGGCCUUUUCAUAUGGAACUCUCUCCUUUGUGUGUAUGCAAAAUGUGGGGAUCAAACAGAUGCACUUAAGUUGUUCGAUGAAAUGCCUAUGAGAGAUACCAUUUCAUGGAAUACACUGCUAUCUGGUUUUUUGAGGAAUGGGGAUCUUGAGGGAUGUUUUAGCUACUUCAAAAGAAUGCAAAGCUCAGAGCUUUAUGGGUUGGAUCAAGCAACUCUUACAACAAUUUUUUCCGCUUGCGAUAGAGAAGAGUUUUAUUACGUCAACAGGAUGAUACAUUGCUUAGCGGUUUUGAAUGGAUAUGAAAGGGAAAUAAGUGUGGGAAAUGCUUUGAUAACAUCAUACUUUAAAUGUGGGUGUUUGAGUGCAGGGAGACAGGUUUUUGAUGAGAUGUUUGAAAGAAAUGUUAUUACUUGGACAGCAGUAAUCUCGGGUCUAGCUCAAAAUCAUUUAUACGAGGACAGUUUGAAAUUGUUUGUCAAGAUGCGUUUAGGAUCAGUGGCUCCAAAUACUUUGACUUAUUUGAGCUCGCUGGUGGCAUGUUCUGGUCUGCAAGCACUUCAGGAAGGACGACAAAUUCAUGGCCUUCUGUGGAAACUGGGGAUUCAAUCUGACUUGUGCAUCGAGAGUGCACUCAUGGAUAUGUAUUCAAAAUGUGGAAAUGUUAAAGAUGCGUGGCAGAUUUUUGAUUCUGCUCAAGAGCUUGAUGAGGUUUCCAUGACUGUAAUCCUUCUGAGUUUUGCACAAAAUGGAUUUAAGGAUGAAGCUAUACAAUUUUUUGUCAAAAUGUUUAAGGAAGGAAUCCAGAUUGAUCCAAACAUGGUGUCAGCCAUUCUUGGGGUAUUUGGAGAGGAUACUUCUUUGGGGUUGGGUAAACAACUUCACUCAUUAAUUAUCAAAAGAAGAUUCGACUUUAACCCCUUUGUCAGCAAUGGACUCAUCAACAUGUACUCCAAGUGCAAAGAUUUAGAGGAGGCAAUCAAAGUCUUCCAUCGAAUGUCUCAAAGGAACCCUAUAUCAUGGAACACCAUGAUUGCAGCUUUUGCUCGUCAUGGGGAUGGCUCUAAUGCUCUACAAUUAUAUGAAGAGAUGGUAUCAGAAGGCGUACAAGCAACUGAUGUUACGUUUCUCUCUUUGCUCCAUGCAUGUAGCCAUGUUGGCCUCAUUGAAAAAGGCAUGGAGUUUUUGAGAUCCAUGUCUGAAGUUCACAGAAUAUAUCCGAGGACAGAGCACUAUGCUUGUGUUGUUGACAUGUUAGGCCGGGCAAGUCUCCUUAAUGAAGCUAAGACUUUUAUUGAAGGAUUGCCCAUGAAGCCUGAUGUUCAUAUUUGGCAAGCCCUACUUGGUGCCUGUAGCCUCCAUGGCAAUUCUGAAAUGGGGAAAUAUGCAGCUGAUCAGUUGCACUCAGCAGCACCGGAGAGCCCAGUGCCAUAUGUUUUAAUGGCCAACAUAUAUUCUUCUACUGGUGAAUGGAAAGACAGAGCUAGGACUAUCAAGAGAAUGAAGGAAAUGAGUGUGGUGAAAGAAAUAGGUAUAAGUUGGAUGGAGAUUGAAAAGAAAGUUCAUAGCUUUGUUGUUGGAGACAGAAAGCAUCCACAAGCUGAGGCAAUUUAUAGAGUUUUGCUGGAGCUGUUUGGGCUCAUGUUAGAUGAAGGGUAUGUGCCGGAUAAGAGGUUUAUUCUCUAUUACAUUGAUCAAGACUAAAACGGAUAAUCACCAAAGAUAUCCUUUAAUUUCAAAUUUGGGACUCUAAUUUAUACUUCUAGGCCCUGUAGGCUCAUAGAAGAUGGCAGGUGUAUCAUUUUCUAGCCUUUUUGGCAUUGUGUCUAGAAUUGAAUCUACCACCUCCAAUGUUGAUGUCAAUGAAACUUCUUGAAAACA